GUACUUCAACCUACUUGUACAUGGGAGUAUUUUAACUUGUACCAGUGUACAAAGGAAUUCUUUAACAUACUUUUGUGAAAGGGUGCAAUGGAGUACAUUAAUGUAUUUGUUGUGUUGUAUUUAUGCAAGUGUACAAGGCAAGCACGCAUUUUAACUUAUUGUAUGAGGGGACGGGGGGGGGAAUACUUAAGCUUUACUUAUUGUACAAGGAGGUACUUUAACGAGUUAUUGUUGCUAGGAAAUACUUUAACUUUACUAAUUGUACAAGGCAGAGUUUACACAAUUUACAAUGGAAUACUUAGUACAGUAUAACACAACAGCGCAGGUCCCUAGUGGUUAGCAAAUCUGCUUUGCAGUUCCGAGGUACUGGGUUUAGUCAUACAUUUUUCUAAAGGCAAAAUGUGCGGACAGUUUAGGGACUCCAUGGUGAUAACCAAAAUAAUAAAAAUAACUUCCUUCCUUUGAAAAAAAAAACUGUUCAUCUCUUGCGUACAGCCAAUAUGAGUCACUGCGGAAAAACAAGCGGAGACGUAACUCUUGCCAACACCAUCGUUAGUCGUCAAAACAUCACCAGGGGAGCCCGUCCAAGCCAACUGUGUGCGCUGGAGGAAACGCUUCUCCUUCAUGUGUAAGAUGAGCGCUCAUGCCCGGACAGGUGUACUGGAUCCAUGUGUGUGUCGGGUGUCAGUGCGCAAGGAAUUGAAGGGUGGGAAAUCAUUUGCAAAGCUGGGCUUUGCCGAUUUAAACCUGUCUGAGUUUGCCGGCUCAGGCAGCACGACAAGAAGAUGUCUCCUGGAGGGAUAUGAUACCAAGAAAACCAGACAGGACAAUUCAAUUCUUAAGGUUGUCAUCACAACGCAACUGAUGUCCGGGGACCCCUGUUUUAAAACGCCCUCAUCCACAGCCAUGAUGACAUUGGGUCUACCGCAGGCCGAGUCAGAAUGUCUCCUCGAGGAGCGUAAGGGAGGAGACAUGCACACAUCCCAUUCGCUAACAGCGACUCCAGUCCUAGAGGAAAGGCUUCCCAGUGGUCACACCAGAACAUCCAGCUACACCAGUCAACAGUCCAAAGUUUCGGGCUACAGUUCAAAUCAUUCCAGCUCACCAGAUCUGAGACAUCGAAGGAACGCGUCAGGUGGUUCUGCCUCAUUAGGCAUCGACAGCAUCCCGGAGCCCAGCGAGCAACAAACAGAAAGAGGAGACAAGGAGAGCCGGUCCUCUCCGCCAAACCCCGCCAGCUGCCAUCACGCUACAGAACAGAACUGCGCAACUGCCAAAACGUCAAGACAUCCGGUCAAGCAGAACUCAAUGGAGAAUCAGCUGACGAGGGUCAACGACACCAGGGUCAACGCAGACGACAUCAUUGACAAAAUCCUGCAGGGCCAGGAUUUCAGUCACAGUAUCUUGGACUCCAGUACGGAGGAGGAAGGACUCCGAUUGUUUGUCGGUCCUGGCGGGAGCACGGCUUUGGGAAGCCAGCACAUUCGGGUCGCAGCCGGAGCAUUCGAGCAGGUGGUGAUCAAGCACUGAGCUUUGAGAAGCGCGUGACCAUCGUGAAGGCUGCCGUAUUAAUUACACUGAUGCAUUCGGAAGCGGCGUCAAGAGAUCGCCUGCUCCUCAUUCCAAGAAAAGGCAGCAGUUGUGUACAGGACAGUACGGGAAUACCUACAGCAUCUGUAGACCAGGAAGUCCCUCUAGUGUCCAACAAGUGCAGUUGAAGGCCACUGUGUGCAGGGGGGUGCAGCUGAGCAGGAAUCAGUGAUCCUGGAAUCUUUGUACAGUUCGAGAAAAGGUUAUGAAUGUCAUGAAUUCAGCAUUGUUUUACAUUUUUUGAGUGCAUGUGUCAUUUCCACUCUGUUUUUGCAUUUUUUUACUGGUGUUUUGUGAGCGAAUGGAUAAGCUACCAUUUCCUAGUCGUUUGUUAUUUCAUAAAACAUCACGGCAUUUCAUUCAUGUUUUAUUCUUCAUCAUCUCUGUUCCGACACUUGCGAAUGCUUGAAGGUGAUAAGUGAAGGAAGUGUGACAUGUUCUAUGGACUCUAUUUAUUUAAUGCAUGUAAUUUUGUCACAGGUAAAUUACUGUCUUGUAACAAUGCAGUCAAAAUGUUUAACACGAAUGGUCAUAAAUUAUUUUUAUUUAAAGUAUUUUAAUUAACCUUAAUAGAUAAUGCUCAACAAAGUAUAUAGCAAGAGUUGUUAGCAAACCUUGAAUGACCCUCGAGUCAAUUUUUAUGGUAUACUGUACUGAGAAAUGGAUUUGAAAAAGCUUACUUUUCACAGAAUAUAUCUUCAUGUAAAGUUUUUAGCUGUGCAAAAUAAAGUAUGAAAAGCUAUCUAAAUACACAACCACACAUUCGUUAUGAUCAAGUCACAUUUUUGAAGUCUUAAAAUAGUAUUGGCAGCAAUGGUCAAAGUAUGGCUUUUUUCAGUGUUUAUUGCAGUUACGAAAAGAAAAUACUGUACACGGUUGUACUGUUAUGUUUAGCACUGUAAGUAUCGGUAAUGUCAUUUUGAUUCACUCCAGAGAAAUGUAUGAUUAAUAAAACGUUUAAUAUUU